AUGUCUAUCGGUCGCUACACGCGUCUUGAUGAGAUCGGGCGAGGUAGUUUCGCGACGGUCUAUCAAGGAGUUCACACAAAAACAAGAACAUAUGUAGCAAUCAAGUCUGUGAACUUGUCGAAGCUCAACAAGAAGCUCAAAGAAAACCUUUCGUCUGAGAUCGAUAUCCUCAAGGGCCUCCAGCACCCACAUAUUGUGGCCCUGAUCGACUGCCAUGAAUCAACAUCUCACAUUCAUUUGGUUAUGGAAUACUGUGCGUUAGGGGAUCUGUCGCUGUUCAUCAAGCGCCGAGAUACUCUCGCAUCACAUAAAUACACUAGGGAUAUGAUUGCAAAAUAUCCAAAUCCACCCGGCGCCUCGCUUAACGAGGUGGUCACCCGGCACUUCCUCAAGCAACUGUCAAGCGCACUGAAAUUCCUUCGUGAUCGAAACCUCAUUCAUCGAGAUAUCAAACCGCAAAACCUCUUGCUGUGUCCCUCACCUUCGUCUUAUCGGAAUGGAAAUGCCCAGGUGAUUCCAUAUAAAGGCAGCGAUGGCUCUUACGAGCCCAUAACGGGACUCGAAUCUCUCCCCAUGCUCAAAAUCGCAGAUUUCGGCUUCGCUCGAUCUCUACCCGCCACUUCACUUGCGGAAACCCUUUGUGGAUCUCCAUUGUACAUGGCACCCGAGAUUCUCCGAUAUGAGAAAUAUGAUGCCAAGGCCGACUUAUGGUCAGUAGGUACUGUACUUUAUGAGAUGGUGGUGGGCCGACCCCCAUUCCGGGCCACAAAUCAUGUCGAAUUGCUGCGAAAGAUUGAGAAGGGAGAAGACCGAAUCCGCUUUCCUGAAGAUAACCCCGCUUCAGACGACAUCAAAAGGCUAAUUCGAGGUCUCUUAAAACGAAACCCGGUGGAACGCUUAAACUUCCCCGAGUUCUUCAACAACAAUGUGAUAAACGAUCCGAUUCCUGGCUUAGUAGCAGAUGAUGUCCCAGGGCCACCACGGUCACCACGGCCGAGGCAGCUUGUUACAAAGACCGAAGAAUCUCCUUACGAUACUGGAUCUGAAGAGAAGCUUGCAUAUGCUCUCGGCCAAAGACCUGUUGCAACGCGUCAAAAAUCAGGAACGCCGCCGACCCCUACGCGCGUGCGCCAUGUGGGAAGUGCUGACCGGCCUGCUUCGGGCAUCUCCAAGGGGCAACAACUGGGAGGUACACCACCGCAACGGCCUGUACCUGUCAGCCUUGCCACUGCUCCAGGACGCCAGGAGCUCACUGAUCGCAACGCAACUUCCGCAGCCAUGGAUCGGCAGAGAAAUCGGAAUACGUACACUGGCUCUCCCAAAGUGAAUGAAUCAACAGCCCGUGCCCAGGAGGCACGGGAUCGCGCUGCACAAGAAGUAGCAUUUGAGAGAGACUAUGUUGUGGUCGAAAAGCGGGCCGUGGAGGUCAACGCCUUUGCAGAUGAGCUGGCUCAUAGCCCACGCCUCCAAGGCGGGCUUUCUCGACCAGGACAAACUGGUGCCGGGAGUCGACGAGCAACAACGCAGGGUCUACCUACUGUGUCACCGUCUUCUCCACAUGCCAAUGCAGCUAAAGCCAUGCAGGUUGUUACGGGUCGUCCGCGAACAGAUUCCACACACCAGCGCCAGCAUUCUUACGAGCGACGUUACGGGCAAAGUCCUACGUCGGCGACCUCGGCAAUUUCGAAAGCACUCAACAUGGCCAGCGGUCGUCUGUUCGGAAUGGGCUUCUCUCCUCCCCUUGCCAUCACCAAAGGUGGGCGCUCGCCGCCUCUAGCCUACAAUCCUUUCCCCGCCUAUCCUCCUGCGAAUGCUAGUCUUUUGAUCACUGGAGAUGGAACCAAAAACAACGGAACCUUCGACGAAGAUUACAAGGCAGUUCAGGAAAUCGAAGAAUGCGCUACGCGUAGUGACGUUGUCUUCGGGUUUGCUGAGGUAAAAUACAAGCAGCUUAUUCCGUUAGCACCUUCGGCACCAACUGACCCAUCUGCGAGACCUCUGGACACAAACGUUGAACCAGACUCUGCUGAUUCCGAUGAUGGCCUGACAGUCGAUGCUAUUGUUACAUUGUCUGAGGAAGCUCUAGUCCUAUAUGUCAAGGCUUUGUCUUUGCUUGCAAAGUCAAUGGAUAUUGCUGGAGCUUGGUGGUCGCGCAAGAACCGGGAGGAGAUCUAUGGAGAGUCUCCUACCAAAGACAACAUAAGCGCAGUUGCUGGUACCCGGAUUAACUACGUUGUGCAAUGGGUGCGCAGUCGGUUCAAUGAGGUCAUCGAAAAAGCUGAAUUUGUGCGCCUAAAACUCAUCGAGGGCCAACGUCGAUUACCCCUAGAUCAUCCUAGUCAUCCAGAUAAUCAUUCUAUCGGCUCCACCGCCGGCUCAACCUCAACUGCCGAUGUAGUGGUGAGCCCUGGCGUUACAGCAGAGAGGCUGAUGUACGACCGCGCACUUGAAAUGAGCCGGGCGGCUGCCAUCAAUGAAUUGACUGGCGAAGAUCUUGCUAACUGUGAGAUUACAUAUGUGACUGCGAUUCGCAUGCUCGAAGCUGUGCUUGAGGAUGACGGAACCCGAUCUAUGCCAGGUAGCAACAUCGAACGGCAAAGUAGUUCGCAACCUGGUGACAAGGUCAUUUUGGACGAGCUGCAGGUGGAGGAUCGGCAGGUCGUUGUCAAACGUAAGUCUUAUCUAAACCCGCCUACCAAACCCAUCCAAAACUCAUACCUUUCUCUAGUCGUAUCUAGUAUGCGUGGUCGCCUCGCAUCUGUCCGGAAGAAGCUAGCUGUUCUAUCCAAGCGCUCUUCGGUAUCGACUCCGGUGGGCAGUGCGGGCAAGAUACCUACAUCCACCGUUUCUCCUGUUUCGUAUGCCACGGGGGUGACACCACCUAGAUAA